AUGGAGAAACUUCUUCAGGUAGACCCCACCUUGAGCGGCAGCUUACCGAGAUUCUCAGACAAGACUGUACUUCCAUCAUCAUAUUUGGGGGAGAUUAUAGAUCGCUUUGGUGAGGACACACUUCCUCACCCCAUGAUCUUCCGGGCCACAUGCAAUGAUAUCACUACGUAUGUUGGAGUUCAAGAGUUCAGUGAGAGUAGAGAUAAUAUAGUAGGGCUUCCCUGGGUAGUUCAACAAAGAUUUUUGGGCGGCGAAGAUGAUGAGUCAGCACACUUAGACAUUACAUUUUCUCUUGUAGAGGACAUUCCCAAGGCAACAGCACUUACUCUUCGACCAGUAAAGACAUAUUCCAAGAAAGUUCGAGACAAUUGGAAAUACUUUCUUGAAUCAAAAUUGCGUAGAUUUACUGUCCUUACCGAGGGAACCGUUUUGUACGUGGAAGAUUCGCAACAAGUAUAUGAAUUACAAAUCGAACAAGUUAGUCCGGCUAAAACUGUUUGUAUUAUAGAUACUGAUGUAGACUUGGUGGUUAAUGACGAUGGAAUUGACCAAGUAGUAGAGACGGGAAUUUCCGUGGGGGACACUUUUGAAGUAAAUAAAGAAAAUUUGCACCCAAUGACCAUCCCCAAGGCACAAGUGAUUGGCAAGUAUCUCUGCUUAGAUGGUGACGAGAAUGUGGAUAUGGUUGUUGGUGAUCGUUUUGUGAGCUUAGACCGAUAUCGAUGGAGCACUAUGACCAAUAGAGAAAUAUUAAUAGAAGAUUUGGAUGGUAACGACGACGACGACAUUCAUUUGAUUGUUUUCUCUUGGGGGGCAUCAACCAAGGCUAAAGUUUUAAUACGUGAUCAUAGCGAAGUUCUGAAUCAGCAUUUACCUCAUGAUACGUCUAAUGGCGUUGUACCUGACGAUAAAGUAGAAUGUGGAAAUUGUCAUCAAUUGAUUCCCAAGGCUUCGAAUCUUGUUCAUUCUUCAUUCUGUUACCGAAAUAAUAUAGUCUGUUCAUGUGGGAAAGUUUUCCUUAAACAAAUCCCUGAAUCUCAUUGGAAAUGUGCACAUUGUUCUGUUCAUGGAGAUAAUGAAAUUUCUCAAUAUAAACAUGAGAAAUUGUUCCAUUCUGGUCCAUACACUUGUACACAUUGUAAUAGCCAUGAGGAGUUUAGUACAUCGAUGGAUCUAGCAACGAAACAUGGUAACCUUGAAUGUCCUGAAAGACUCCAUGAAUGUAGGUUUUGUCAUUUGGAAGUUCCGGUGGAAGUUGCAGACUUUGAAGAUAAUUUUUAUGGAUUAUCACAUCAUGAAAACUAUUGUGGGAAUAAAACGGUCGAUUGUCCUAAAUGUGGGAAGAUUUUAAGAGUGAAAGAUUUGCCUAAACAUAGUCAGAUCCAUGAGUUGAAGAAGGCUGCGUUUAAUGAAGCGGUAAAGACAGAUCUCCUCACUUGCAGUAAUUUGAAUUGUAUUAACAUGGUAGGUACCAAUGUGUUAGGAUUGUGUGAUUUAUGUUAUGGACCACUCUAUUCAUCAAUUCUUGAUCCAACAAAUUUCAAAUUACAAAAUCGAAUCGAGAGAAGGUAUAUGAUUCAGCUUUCAAGAGGUUGUGGCCAAUCGUGGUGUAAGAAUGAAGAGUGUAAGUCGUCUGGACGUAGUCAACUAGGAUCGAUGAAGGAAACAUUAGACCAUGUUAAAGACUUAUUAACUCAUAUUUAUAGACCCAGUCUCCCAUUAAAUGGGCCAAGAGAAGGUGGGAUAAAUCAAUUUUGGUUCUGUGUCGAUCAAAACUCAACGAAAAGGAAAUUGAUGGUUGAAAAUUUACAUGGAGAAGAAGAAUAUCCUGAAGAAAUGAUCGUCAAGGCAGUCAAUGAAGUGAAAGAUGUUAAUGAGUUAAGAAUUAGAGAAUGGUUGGUUGAAAAUGCAUUAAAGGUAUAG